GCACCAUAAGGUUGGAUGCCAACCGCCAAAAAACCACACCAAAUAAGAAAAAUAAGUGGCGAAUUUUCGUUGCAGGAUUGGAGGACAUCGGGAAGAGAAUGCAAGCUGCGGUACGGAAACGUCAAAGCAAUGCACCUCGGUCGUCAACAAACCCCAGCCAACCAGAGUCCAAGCCAAAAGGGUCAUCAAUGAAGAGGCCACAGUUCCACUUUGACCUGUGGUUCUAUCUCACAGUACAAAACUGGAUACUGGACUUUGGAAGGCCCAUUGUAAUGCUCAUUCUCCCUCUGGAGUGGUUCCCCCUGAACAAGCCCAGUGCUGGAGACUACUUUCACAUGGCCUACAAUGUCAUCACGCCAUUCCUACUGCUCAAGCUGAUUGAGAGGAGUUCCAGGGCCUUGCCUCGCUCCGCCGUGUACCUGAGCAUCAUCACCUUAGUGAUGGGCGCCAGCAUCCACCUGGUGGGCGACUCCAUCAACCAUCGUCUGCUGCUGAGUGGCUACCAGCUCCACCUGUCUGUCAGAGAGAACCCCAUCAUCAAAGACCUCAAACCUGCUACACUGAUUGAUUCGUUUGAGCUUCUUUAUUUUUAUGAUGAACAACUGGGACAUUUGAUGUGGUAUAUUCCUUUCUUCAUCAUCCUCUUCCUCUACUUCACUGGCUGCUUUACUCACGUCAAAGAGGAGAAGACGAUGCCCCUGUCUGGUUGGCUGCUACUCGGACCCAGUGCCCUCUACUAUUGGUACUUGGUCACAGAGGGUCAGAUCUUCCAACUCUUCCUCCUCACCUUCCUAGCUAUGGUAGCCACGGUGAUCCACCAGCGGCAUAAGGGCUCUGUCCCAGACGCCAAUGGCCUCUUUCUGUUCGCCAGCUUCUCUGUCACCAUGUUCCUGGUGGCCGUGUGGGUGGCCUGGCUGUGGAGCGACCCGGUGCUGCGUAAGAAAUACCCCGGUCACCUGUACGUCCCCGAGCCCUGGUCCUACUACACAUUACACGUUAAGGACAGCCACUGAUAGGAGUGACAACAGCCUCCUGUGGAAUGGACUAAUACUGACUGAAUGGAUUCCAUCAAUAUCUUGCAUUUCUGUAGAAUUGACAGGUCUGAAACGUUCCUGCUACAGAUAAAUGGUCAAUCUGCUCCCGAAUGACAUCAUCAGCAAGCGCCACAUGGAGUGUGGAUCGAGCACAGUGUUGUGCUGCAUUCUGGGACAGGCCCCUCUUUUCUACAGUUGCACCCCACCACUCCCCCAACACCAUCCACAUGACAAUGACCAUCUUACAGUAUGCAAUGUUACAGUAUUCAUUUAAAAUGAGACAAAAAAAUGAACUCAAAGAAAGGUCAGUGUUGGAUGUACUUGAACAUCAUUGUAUUGCUUCAAGUAAGUUGUUUCAACAUUUCAAUAUCAGAUAUUUUUAGUAAUAAAAGUUUUUUACUCCA